CCUCAACCUCAACACCCCUCUAGCUAUCCUACUAGUGACUUACGAGCGUUAUUUCCGCACUCCUCUCACGAAUCCGACAUUCCGGCGUCACUCAGCUCCGCCUUUUUUGAACCUGGGGCCCCAUGCUCUGCCGGUGUCCACUUUCGGCUACCCCAGAUACAGCAUGGUGGGCUCAAAGGCACCCCAUAUCCAGCUAGGUGGAACCCUCGUUAAUUGCCAUGCGGUUUCCUGUCUUGCCCCCGUCCUGGUCUUGGCGGGCAAGCAUCUCAAUCCUCACCAAAUGCAUAAAUAGUUACGAGGGUCCCGCAUCCAAUGGACCGCCUCAGCCGUAUCUUCAGUUGGAAGGAGAACGCCCACCUAUUGCUAAUAUGGUUCUCGGCAAACUUGAUGGUUACGCUUUGGAGGUCACUUUGACCGCCGCAAACUCUGCUGCGCAGGCUUGGUACGGUUAUGAUCAGGUAUUAGAACCAGCAAGUAUCUCCCUCACCGAGAGUUUUUUACUGAAGGAUAGGAAGGGUGUCAUUAGCGGUAUCUUGAUCAGCUCUGACUUCAUCAAUACUUUCCCGCAAACCAAGGAUGCAGAUAUCCAAGGAAUCACAGCGAGCUGCUUCUCUCUUGGAAACCUCGUCGGAUGCCUUCUGGCAGCUGUCUUUGGUGAUCGUUUGGGACGGAAGAACACACUUCGCUGUGGAGCUGCCGUGAGUGCAAUUGGAGCUGUUCUUCAGUUCGCAGCUGCAACCUUCCCGAUGCUUAUUGUUGGCCGUGUAAUCAACGGGUUUGGAAAUGGAAUGACUAGCUCUACGUGCGGUAUUUACCAAGCAGAGUCCUGCCGAGGAGCAAGGAGAGGGAAACUUUCGGUCAUUGUCGUGCUUCAUAAUGUCAUAUUCUAUAUGAUCGGCAGUUGGCUCACUCUUGGCUGUUCAUUCAGUGGGAGUGGGGUUCAGUGGAGGCUCCCUUUGGCUAUACAACUGGUUCCCUGUUUUGUCCUCGUCAGCCUUCUACCUCUCCUUCCGGAAUCUCCUCGAUGGCUUCUUAUGCAUGACCGAACUGACGAGGCGCAUGAAGCCCUCCGGCGUUAUCUGGGAAAGGCUCUCGCUCAUGACGAUCCUAUUGUUACCAAGGAGCUUAUGUCUAUCUCUGGCGCUAUUGAAAUCGAACGUCGCUCGCACAUAUCGUUCAAGCAGGUUCUCCUUCAGAGGGAUAGAUCCGGCCAUCUUAAGAGGCUCCUCUUGGGUUGUGGCACACAAUUUAUGCAACAAUUUGGUGGAAUCAACGCUUUGAAUUACUACUUCCCGGUCAUUUUGGAGAACAACAUCGGCAUGAGUGAGCUCAUGGCUCGUAUCCUGACAGGCUGUAAUGCGACCUCAUACGCCAUUUCAUCAGCCCUGUGCUUCUGGAUGAUUGAACGCUUUGGUCGUCGUUCGCUCAUGAUGUAUGGUGCUGCACUGCAAUUUCUUGCGUAUGUUAUGGUUGCCAUUGCAGUUGCUUUGCUAUCGACCGCCCCCUUUGAAUGGGGAGCUGUUGCAAUUACUUUUCUCUUUUUCUACUAUGCGGCGUUUGGAUGUACAUGGGGAAUGGUGCCUUGGGUAUACCAGGCAGAAGUGAAUUCUUUGGCAAUGAGAACGAGAGGAGCCGCUGCGGCGACCGCAACCAACUGGCUUUUUGGGUUCGUAUGUACACAAUUCACGCCAGUGGGUAUUAGGGACAUAGGAUACCGCUUUUACAUCAUCUUCGCAUGCUUUAAUCUCAUUUUCAUUUUUGUGGUCUACUUCCUCUACCCAGAAACUAGCAAUCGUACCCUCGAGGACCUCGAUGCCUACUUCGAUAAAGACUCCCCACACAGGACUAUCAUUCCAAUUGGAGAUAGAGUUGCCAAACAGCGAUCUCGACCGGCGGAGGCAAUUGAGGCAGAGCAGAUGCGUAUAGAGGCCGCGGAAAUGGGCAAGGAUGUUGAUGCAUCGAAGACACAUACCACACACAUUGAACACAUUGAGCCUUGAACCAUCACGACUCUUUACAUUCGACGGUUGUGGGUUUCUGAUCUACCUCGCAAAAGCCAGGAUUUUAGCGUAAUCCUUCAGCAUACCCAUUUCCUCGAUAUGUACAUGUAUUUACAGAUAGAGCAAGUAUAAAUAUACAAUGGUCCCCUCUCUUGA